CGCCGCUCCCUGCCUACCACGAUGGGAUCCCACUGGAAGACGGCGUGGGCUUUCAGGAACGAGAUGAUCACUAUCCUGGUGCCUCUGCUCUUGUUACCACUGCCCUUGGUCAUCCCCACCAAGGAAGCCCGAUGUGGAUACACAAUCCUGGUCAUGGCGUUGUACUGGUGCACAGAGGCACUGCCACUCGCUAUCACUGCCUUGAUCCCUGUCCUCUUCUUCCCGAUGUUUGGAAUUAUGGAUUCAUCAGAGGUCUGCAUGCAGUACCUGAAGGACACCAACAUGCUGUUGGUAGGAGGACUGUUCGUGGCCAUAGCCGUGGAACAUUGGAACCUGCACAAACGCAUUGCGCUGAGGGUGCUGCUGAUAGUUGGAGUCAAGCCCUCCCUGUUGAUGAUGGGCUUCAUGGGUGUGACUGCGUUCCUCUCCAUGUGGAUCAGUAACACGGCGACCACCGCCAUGAUGGUGCCCAUCGCCCAGGCCGUGUUGGACCAACUCAACAUGGCUGAGUCCGAAAACGUGGAGCUGGAGCAGAUCUACGAGAAUAAAAUAGUGGUGGAGGCUGAGGUGCUGGAGAAUGGCGAUUCCAUUCCCAAGGACACCAAGAAUCUCAAACCAACAAAUGAUGUGGAGGUGGGCAUGGACGCCACUGAGAAAUCCAACGGGCAUCUUCAGCUCUCUGAGGACACGGCUGAGGCAGACAGGGAGCAGAAGAUGAGAAGGCAGAGACACCUGAAUCUGUCGAAAGGCAUGAACCUGAGCGUUUGCUACGCAGCCAGUAUUGGGGGCACGGCCACACUGACUGGGACCACCCCAAACCUCAUCAUGAAGGGACAGCUGGACGACCUCUUUCCAAUGAAUGGAGACAUUAUUAACUUUGCAACCUGGUUUGGAUUUUCCUUCCCCUGUAUGUUUAUCAUGUUGAUUCUGACAUGGAUUUGGCUGCAGAUUUUAUUCCUGGGAUUUAACUUUAAGGAGAAUUUCGGCUGCCAGUCCUCCAAGUCUCAAAAGGACAUCGCCGCUUACCAGGUGAUGAAGGAGGAGAUGAAGGGGUUGGGCCGGAUGACGUUUGCAGAGAUCGCAGUGCUGAUCCUCUUCAUCCUGCUGGUUGUGCUGUGGUUCACCCGCGACCCCGGCUUCAUCGACGGAUGGGCCACUGUCAUCUUCAACAAGGGUGGCACGGACUACGUGACUGACGCCACGGUGGUGAUCUUCAUCUCGGUGAUUAUGUUCAUGAUUCCGUCUGACAAGCCCCGCCUGCCUUGUUGGAGCAAUAACAGGGAGGAUGUGCAGCAGAGCGACGCAGGUAACAAGCAGGUUAAGUAUGGACCUGCUCCCCCACUGCUGAACUGGAAGGUUGUCCAGCAAAAGAUGGCGUGGAACGUGGUGCUGUUGUUGGGAGGAGGCUUCGCUCUGGCCAAAGGCAGUGAGAGAUCCGGCCUUUCCAGUUGGCUUGGAGACCAGCUCACCCCUCUGGAGGCCAUCCCGCCGUGGGCCAUCGUCAUACUGCUGUGUCUGUUGAUCGCCACCUUCACGGAGUGUGCCAGCAACGUGGCAACUACCUCGCUCUUCCUUCCGAUCCUGUCGGCGAUGGCCCAGCGUAUUAAAAUCAACCCACUCUACGUCAUGCUGCCCUGCACCCUUUGUGCUUCCUUCGCAUUCAUGUUGCCAGUGGCAACCCCUCCAAACUCCAUUGUCUUCUCCUAUGGCUACCUGAACGUGUCUGACAUGGUGAAAGCUGGAUUCAUGGUCAAUCUGAUCGGUGUGUUGGUAAUCUCACUGGCGGUGAACACUUGGGGCAUGUUAAUGUUUGACUUGGGCAAUAUACCAUCUUGGGUAAACAGCACAGCCCAGCCAUGAACUAAACCAGACCAGAGCCCUUGGAUUGACCAACCAGAGCAGUGGCCACAGUGCAAUCUGCAACUCAACCAAUGAUCCUGCUGUAAUUGUUUAAAUGGAGUCAUCCUGUUCCUUCACUUGAGUUGCAAAUUUUAAUAACACGAGUAAAAUUGGAUAGUUUGAACCUUUGCACAAAGACCAGGUGACAUCAGCUGUCACGGGUCUGUGUCACUGGAACACCUGGACACAUCUUUGACGUCACGAUCGUUGUCAACUCUGCCUCACCAUCGGCGACAGUGGUGGACGAGCUUCCUCACUGCUGAGGACGUCGCUGGGGCCAGAUCCACAGACCCACACCAGGCUGACCAACGGCUUCAACCAGGACCUCAAAACUCUUCCACAUUAAUUCAAACUGUUUAUUGGCACAAUGCCACGCGUAUCCCUCAACGUGCGUGCGUGCGUGUAUGUGUGUGUGCGCGCGCGCGUGUGUGUGUGUUGGUUUGGGAGUGUAGUGAUUGGUAGUUUAGGGUGUGUGUCAAACUGUGAAUGUAUGUGUCAGACUGUGAAUGUGUGUGAGUGUAGGUGAUACUUGGGAACUUAGAUUUAGGUGAGUUGGAGAUUAUGGAAACACUAAAAGAAAAAUAUCUCCCUGACACUGCAGCAUUUUCAUUGCCAUUGGUGGUGUG